AUGUCCUCUAGCGAGAAGGAACGAGAAGCAGCUGAGACUGGCGUGCCGACGUCGGAUGCCGCGGAAGAGCGCGAGGUAAAGCAAACUGCCAGUAAUGGCACGGGUGCUGAGGGGUCAACAGCAACAGCAGCAACGGCGGCGCCAUUGUCACAGCAAAAACAACAAUUGCCGGGAGAUAGCGCCCCAGCGGAGGAGGAGAGCCAGGAUCACAGACCGGCCACUCUCGCUCAUAUCCAGCAGAAUUUUGGUGUCAUGUCCCGUGUUUUAGAACGGGAGGUGUUUCGACGGGGAUUGAUAAAUAGUAGCGUGGAGGAGAUGUACUCAGCCUUUUUUGUGAUAAGUGGUGUUUUAAUUGAAAUCCUUAAGAGCGAAACGGAUCAGCGUCUUCUACAUAUGCAGCUUUUGGAAAUGCUGUUGACGAUACUGGAACCUACAUACGGCAUCGAUCAUGCAAGGAUGCUGGUGGCCAUAAUGGAUCAGUCUGUUUCUGACUUAUACUUGUUCCAAGCGUUACUGUCUUCCUCCUCUCUGGAGGCUUUGGUUCAGAGAGCGGAGGAGUUUAUGAACCCCCCAACACGUUCUGUUGGGGCUGGCAUGAGUGGCGGUAUUCCUGGGAACUAUAGCGGUGUGCAAAAUGAGAAUAUGCGCGUUGUGCAGCCGGCGUACAACAGUGUGUCGGCAACGGUGCGUCCCUCAUACGCGGAGUUCAACAAAGACCGACGUGUGGAGCCAUCAGCGGAGCCAGCCAUGUCUCGUGGAGCAAAUACAUACACGGAAGGAGGCGGUGCCCCAGCUUCCAGCCAGCCAGAAGAUGAUGCGAUGCCAGCGGUUGCCUCUGGUUGGGCAGCUGUGCAGAGAAAGCAUACCGAUCAUGAUCGUGAUGUAACGGUUCAUCAUCACCACCAGCAACAGCAACAGCAGCAGCAGCAGCAGCCACAGCAGCACGUACAGCAUCGAGUUCCUUUUAAUCAGUACCUUCAUCAGCAACGGAAUCAAGCUCCAAACGUAGCCCAUCAUCAUCAGGUGGUUGUAGGUACUGGUCCGAUGGGAUUGCAGCAACAACAACAACAACAGCAACAACAACAACAGCAAGAAAGCCCUCAAACGGAUUCGUUCCCACGUGCACCGGUGCCACAGGGACAACAAAAAAGGAUGGUGGAACGUCUGCCGCCUGGAACGCAGGAAUCCGAUGAGCCGCACGUGCGAGGACCCUUGUGGCGCGUACCCCCUGCUCCUUCUGGAACUCAGCAGGAGACAGUAACGGUGCCGCAGCCUUCAUAUCAUGCUCAGAACCCAUCGUCAACUCCUACUCCGCAUUCAAAUCAGCAUCAAGUGGCAUCUCCCAAUUCUCCAACGCAUCCCAGAUUUCUUAUUCACCACCGUCAUGCCACCACGCAUUUUGUGCUACCGGGUCCUGUGGGAAAACAGGCGUCACCGCAACCUGCAACGCAGAUCUCGCCGCAACAACCUCCGCAGUCCGCGACAAUGACGGCUACGACGACAGCGACAACAGCAGCAACGGCAAGUACGUCGAUUACAAACUCACAACGAGUAAUGAUUCCGCACCAUCAUCAUCAUCACCACCUUCAUCAUCAUGAUAUUCCGCCUCCGCAGCUCAUGAUGCCUAGAGUCUCACCCCCAUCGCAAUCUGCUCAUGCUGUGAAGCAGGAACCUGUGAGCCCACCUGAGACGAAGCCUGCGGUUCACAAUGCAGAGACAGCUGUGCCACAGCUUAGACCUCAUCAUUUCCACCAUAUUCCCUCUACACAACAAAAGGUUUUGCGUCAGCCUCAGUCUGUGAGUGUGUCAGCGUCAUUAGGUGGCGGUGCUGGUGGCGGCAUCAACACUGGCAGUGGCGGAGGUGGCGGAGGUGGGUUUAAUGGUGGAGGGAGUGAGGCGCCAUCACAUGGAGUUAUGAUACCCACGCAUCAUCAUAUGAUACACCACUUUCAGCAAAUCCGGCCGAGUGUGCCUCCGCCGCAACAACAGUAUCGACAACCGACGUCAUCGGCCCCAGGACCGAUGUCUAUUGACGCGCUUAGCAAUGAUGAAAUGAACUGGGCCUCGUCGCAGUCAGCAAUGUUGUCAGGUCCACAGGAGCUUCGUUACUUCCUUCGGGAAAGAGGUGUAGCGGAGACUGUCAUCAAUAUUCUUGCAAAAAUAUUUUUUUCAUUGGAUGAAUUAAUGGCAGCUUCUCGUGAAGCGUUUGAGGAGAGAAUAAAGAAGGAAAUUGUGUCUGUUAAUAAUCGGCAGUAUAUUUGGACCAUUUUGCAUCCGAGCGAAAAGCUACCUUCUGAAAAGGAUGUACCUGAGAUGAAUGAGCUACGUAACUUUAUCCACAAUAAUGCCAUCCACAACAACAUGUCUCAGGACGGGGAGGAUGAUACAACGACGUUGAAGCCUGGUCGUCCAAACAAAAAUAUACUCCAGGUACCCCAACCUAGAACUUCUCAGGGUAAACAACAACAACAACAACAACAACAACAACAGCAGUCAGGGAAGGUAGUGGAAUGUAAAGCGGUGAUUUGGCUUUCGUCUGUUCGCUCGUGGCAAAUUCAAUCUGCUGUUGAAGAGUUGUCAAAGUACGGCAAGGUGCUGCAGCAUGGAGCAUCUUCUCAGAGGCCUGAUCUGAUAUACUUUAAGUUGGGUGACCACAAGAGUGAACUUCAGAUGAUGCGAAAAAUAGGGAGCGCUGUUGUGGAAGAUUACUAUCGUGUCUCUCCAGGGGAUGUAGAUGACGGUGCUCCGCCGACGCCGACGGGACGUCCUGAAGGGGCUGACGACAAUGGCCCCAGUAAGAUACUGGGCCAGAAGGCUGGCAGUGGUAUGCAUGCCUACCACCAGCAUCAUCAGCAGCCCUCCGCGAACCGUGGUGGAUACGGGGUGGUGGACGAGGAGGAUAUGGAUGGUGAUGAAACUCGGAAUUUCCGCAAGGGGACUGGUGUGAAGCACGCUAGGGGACGAGGUCGUGGCGGGCAUCACAACUAUCAUCACCAUCGGCAUCCAGAAGGGGGCACUCAGAUGGUGUGCAGAUUCUUCAGUAAAGGGACGUGUAAGUACGGAGAGCAUUGCCAAUAUUUCCACCCGCCGAAGAAUGCAAGUCGUUCUUGA